GACCAACCAAGACGCUUGCAACUGUCCUAAGUACAUGCCAGUUGCCAAGACAUCUUGAAUUUGGAUCACGUGACUGGGGAUGUUGGAAGGGUUAUAAUUCCUCGUUCCUGCAAAGGAUGGGUGAAGAAAACGGGCCCCAGAGGGCAGGUGGGGGAACAAAACCCCACCUCUGCCAUCUCUGUUGCAGCCACCUGUGGCUGCCGCUGCAUCCUGUCCCAACGUGCACAAAAUGGUGGGACGAAGCUGGUGGGUUUUUUUUUUUCUUCCGCCGGACUUGAAUGUCCAUCGCGAACUACUACUUAUAUAACUUGGCCAUGCCCUCAGCGGUCUUUUCUCCCUCCCCCUCUGGCGCCUGGCAUUCCAAAGCUGUUGGCAGCUGCCGCUCUGGGCACCCACCCAGCAGCUGGCGGGGGCCAAAGGAAUCUAGGCAGGCUGGGACAACAGGUUCAGGCCUGUUGUGGUGCUGAGAUCCAGCCCCCUCAGCCUGCCCGCAGCUCUUUCCCUCGACAUGCUCGUUUCUGUCCCGAAAGCUUGCAAUGGGUCAUUCUGGGCUGAUCGUUGUCUUCAUCCUGGGCACGGCUGUUCUGGGCUAUGUCGGAGGUCAGGAGCUGGCGACGGAGGCUCUAACCGGUGGGCAGACGGCGCUUUGCCCUCCCGAUGACAGCCCUGCGUCUUCGCAGGAAGGAGAGCUCCCGGUGCAGCCCAGAUUUAGCAGCUGCAUGGUGCGCUGCACUUCCCACGCCUACGAAGCCUUCAUGGCAAUGCUGGUGGCUGGCGAGUUCAAGAGCAUGACAACGUCGCUGAAGCUGAACGAAGGAAGGCAAGGGCCAGAUCACGAAUUCUGCUGGAUGCUUCAUCUCCGUUGCCAGAGUGGCGUCCGUCUCACCAAAGCUUUUGUCCUGCUGAACCUGGAGCAGCCUCUGGGCCAGAGCCAGCCGUUCCCUCUCCGCCUCCUCCUCACUGCUCCAACUUGGCCCAACCCUCUCUUGCAACCUCGGUCCAAGAGACGAGACACCCGGCUGCUGAACGCGGAGGCCUGUGGCAUCCGCUUCGAUGUGACGCAGCCUUUCCGCGACGCCGAAGGCGGACGAGAGGCCCAGAUGUGCGUGAAAGUUGUGUGUCCGGAGGGGGAUGCCUGCGAGGCCAUGCAGCUGAGUCUGCGCUGCCCGCUUUUCCUGGCCACUCUGUGGCGUACUUUGCCCCGCCCUGAUGGCUAAACGGGUGUGGGGGGGGUUUCUUCUGAAAGGUUACCAGGGGGAAGAAUAGGGUUCCCAGUUCCCCUUGUGCACACACACACUCCAGUUCAGCUGCUGAGGCAAUCUUUGGACCGGUUUCCCUGAAGGAUUCAUUUUUAGCUGGCGAUGUUUACAUUGCUUCAGGUGGGACACGCGAUAUGUUGCAGGUGUGCGCAGGGGCCCCAGCUGCACACAUUCGGUCAUGCAUCAAUGCAAUUGCAGAUAGCAAUGAUGGGAAGCUAGUUUUCACUCUUGAGAAAGAACCACGACAAAACUCAGUGCAUUAACACACCUUCUUCCCUUUUCACAUCAUAUUUACAGUCACAUUUACUGCAAAUGUCAAAUUGAUUGGAGUAUUCUGUUAGAAAGACGCCAGAUUUUGCAAAUGUCAAGAGCUUACAUUGACUGCUAAAAGGGAUUUCAACUAGCAAAAACGACACAAUGCUGACUUUGAAGACCUUUUCUCUUUUACCUGAGGUUUUUUUUUUUUAUCCUGCUCUUCUGCAUGACAGGAUGUUCCUAAUUCCUGCAGAAUGGUUCACUCGCUAUUUUACAGGCUGGAAGUUCAGCUCUCUAUUGUGCUGUUGGGAUUAAGCAUAAGAAAAAUAUAUUGGACAGCGCAUCCCCGUUACAGGACAGAUUUUGCUAGACUUUAAAAUUUCCUUGAAAGGAAUUGCAAUCCUCUGAAAAAGUUUGCAAAAACUCUGAAAUCAGAUCUCUCUGUUUCCUUAUCAGAUAUAAUCUUAAAAGUUGCGGGAUGGUGGCGGUGUCAUAUAAUAUUUAUCUGGGCUGUGUGGCCUUUUACUCAUUGUUACUCCUUGUCUCUAUCCAUUCCUUUGUAUAUAAGGUUUUCCUUGUUCUGGAAGUCUAUGUUUUUAGGUGAGGACAUCCAUUGUAGAUUCACUCGAGCUAUCUAAAAUGUUGGGAGGUAAGGGAAUCAAAUAGAGUCUGUGACGUUGCCAUAUUGUUGGAGGCUUGUGAAAUAAAGCAAGCCUCUGUUGAAAUCUCUGCUAUGCUUAUUUCUGAUCAGUGGAAUUAAAAAAAAACCCCACCAAGAUUAUCUUCGCUGCUUGCUUUAGUUUAAAUCCUUUUUUGGCAUUAAGGAACAGACAAAAAGGGAGGGGAAAAAAGUAGAAGACUGGGUGAAAAAGCAAGGAAGGCACCUUAUGCUCCAGUUCUAAAGACUUCUAAGCGUGAUUUCUAAGAGGCAGUUUGGUCUAGUAGUUAAGGCACUAGCCUAGCAAAAAGGAGAUAGUGAUAGGCAUGAAAGCUGGCUGGGGAACUUUGGGCCAGUCCCUCACUCUCAGCCCAACCUACCUUACAGGGUUGUUAGGAGGAAAAUAGCAAGAAGAGGGAGUGUUGGGUACGUUCUUCACCUUGAGUUAUUUAUAAAAAUAAAGGCGGGAUAAACAAAAUACAUAGAUAAAUUAAUAAGCUGUCUCCUCAAAAACAAAAAAA